GUCUUGUUUUGAUAAUAGUAAAAAUGAUAAAGAAGACAGUAACAAAUACAUCGUCAAUUUCAUCAGUCAUGAGUGAUAAAGAAGAAGAAGAACAAAUAAGGGUUGAAACUGAGUCUAUUGUCGUUGAUGAAAAAAUAAGAGAUGUUAAACAACUUGUCAAAUCUAAUAUUGGAAAUGCUAAAUUAGGCGGGCUGGAAAAAGACUUGAAUAUGUCCAGUACAGAAUAUCAAUGGGCAUUAUCUAUUUUUUAUUUCUCCUAUGUUCUAUUUGAUUUACCUUCAAAUAUUAUUAUGAGAAGAUGGCGUGCAUCCUUUUGGUUAGCCAUUUUAAUGUUCUGUUGGGGCAUAGUAGCUACCGCUAUGGCUGCCUGUAAAAGUUUUACUUCUCUUAUGAUGUGUCGAUUUCUAUUAGGUUUAUUUGAAGCAGGCUUCUUUCCGGGUGUAGUUUAUUUUAUGUCAUUAUGGUAUACUCGACAAGAAUAUGGUCGUCGUAUUGGAUUCUUUUGGUCAUUUGGUAGUUUAGCGGGUGCAUUAGGUGGACUGAUUGCAUUUGCUAUAUCACAGAUUCAAACUUCUGCUUUAUCUACCUGGCAAUGGUUAUUCAUCAUUGAAGGUGCUCCUACUAUCAUUUUAAGUUUAUUUAGUGCUUGGUAUUUACCUAAUACACCAGAAACAGUAACGACUCGAUUUUUAACUAGCAAAGAACGUGAUUUGAUUAUCAACAGACUUGCUCAAGAUGCUGGUGAUUCUUAUAGUCAUGCUUGGUCAUGGAAACAAGCUUUAUCUGUCUUUACAGAUUGGAAAACUUAUUUUUACAUGUUCAUUUAUAUUUCAGGGACAAUUCCAUUGCAAGGCGUUACCUUAUUUUUACCUUCUAUUGUAGCCAAUAUGGGUAGUUGGUCAAAACCUGUCGCUCAAGCCUUGACAAUUCCUCCUUAUUCGUUAGCCUUUAUCAUGACAUUCAUAGUUGGAUGGAGUUCAGAUCGUUAUUUUGAAAGAGCAUUUCAUAUGAUCGCAUUAAAUAGCUUGGCCAUAUUAGGUUUCUUAUUAUUAAUCCUUUUGCCAUCUAAUGUAGUUGCUUGUUAUUUCGCUGCAUGUCUCGUAACAACUUCGGUUUAUGCAAACGUAGCAGUGAAAGUAGCGUGGUUCAAUAAUAACUAUGGUGGCUUAACACGUCGUGCAGUUGCAUCAGCUACUAUAGUAAGUUUUGGUACUAUAGGUGGAGCUAUUGGAGGACAAAUUUAUUAUGAUCCACCCUCUUAUGUGAAAGGCAAUACGAUUGCUCUCAGUUUUGUAGCUUUACAAACUUGUCUUGUUAUCCUUUUACGGCUUUUAUUACAACAUGAUAACAAACGAAAACAAAAUAUAACUACUCAACAACAGCAACAACUAGAAAUUGAACGCUAUGGUGGCCCUGAUUUAGUAGGGGAUAGACAUUAUAAUUUUAAAUAUAUUUUAUAA